AGUGUGUGAGCGGCCCGAGCCGGGCGCCCGGAUGGGUUUUGCUGCUGCACCAGGCCGGGCCCGUGGCCGCCAUAUUAGCGCCGCCGCCACCGCCGCUUUUCCGUGGUGCCGGGAUUCGGUUCAUUUUCUCGGGGAAGGACAGGCGGCGAAAUCCCGCCGGGGUGGCGAUCCGCGGUGCGGCUGCUCGGCCAGGAUCCCGUUCAGAAGGCGCUGGAACUGGAUUUCAUGUCGAGAUGUACAAAUUGUGCCAUGGCCUGAAGGGUAACCAAUGUAACACCUCUGCUCAGGAAAAGAGAGCAGGAUAAACCAGAUGAGCAACAACAGUAAUAAGCGAGCUCCAACAACAGCAACACAGAGACUGAAACAGGACUAUCUUCGAAUAAAGAAAGACCCAGUGCCUUAUAUCUGUGCUGAACCUCUCCCAUCUAAUAUUCUUGAAUGGCAUUACGUGGUACGAGGCCCUGAGAAAACACCUUAUGAGGGCGGUCUUUAUCAUGGGAAGUUAGUUUUCCCCAGAGAAUUUCCUUUCAAGCCCCCUAGUAUUUAUAUGAUCACACCAAAUGGAAGAUUCAAAUGCAAUACAAGGUUAUGUCUUUCAAUCACUGAUUUUCAUCCAGAUACCUGGAACCCUGCCUGGUCUGUCUCUACAAUCCUGACUGGUCUUCUUAGCUUCAUGGUAGAAAAAGGGCCUACAUUGGGUAGUAUUGAAACUUCUGAAUAUACAAAAAGGCAACUUGCUGCCCAAAGCAGUGCUUUUAAUCUAAAGGAUAAAGUGUUCUGUGAACUCUUCCCAGAUUUAGUAGGGGAAAUAAAGGAAAAGCAACGAGCACAAGAAGAACUAAGUAAUAGGGCUCAGGCCUUGCCUCUACCAGAUGUUAUCCCUGAUGGUGAAGUGCACCAAAAUGGUAUGCCGCUUCUUAAUGGCCAUGCAGUGCUACCGGCUGCCAACCACCAAGGCCUUCAGCAGGCCAACCGAAACCACGGACUCCUAGGGGGAGCUUUAGCAAACUUAUUUGUCAUUGUUGGUUUUGCAGCCUUUGCUUACACAGUGAAGUAUGUGUUACGAAGCAUAGCACAAGAAUAAAGCUGCUGAAGAGACCAAAUCACUGCAACCUUGCAAACAAAUUGGACUCCUUUUGGGGAAACGUUGCAGAAAGGCAAGAUUAAGACUGUUCGCUGGAGUGAUGUAAUUAAAAUUACAUUUGUAUAUGUACAAAAGUGACCAAUUAGAGCCUAUGGUUUUGUUUCAGAGAUGUACAGAUCAACGGAGCUAACAAAUAGUUCAAGAAUGCAAGGGUUCGGAUUUACUGUACUGGUCAAGCAUAUUUUACAGUGGAUGACCAAUAUUCUGCCUCUUAAUUAUGGUGAAUCUGAAACUUGUGCUAUUUGUAAAAGGGGUGUGUUUUGCAGCAGCAUUUUCAGAUUUUAAUUGUUUACUUCACAAUGAUUAAAAAUCUAUGCCCCCAACAUAAAUGACUUUUUAAUGUAUUUAUAUUACUGUUGUCCUUGGAAUAUAUUGGAAGCAUUUCUGAAAUAAAAACAAAAUGCAGAAAUUAAAUGCUAAGCAGAAUAAAACUGAGCAUGGACUUAAAAAGUGGAAGUUUGGCAAAAUUCAAAAGGCAAGGGAACGAUAUUGGUCAUCCAGUGUAAUGUAAGUGACCGCCAGAGAAAUCAAGACCUUGUGCACAUUCCAACAAACUGAUUACAGGCUUUUCCUCAUUAGGUUUAUGGGUAACUCUUUGGCAAAACAGUUACAGAAACCAUAAUUUAUAAAUGAAAUUUGUUUUGUAAUUGUUCUCCAUGAAGAAAAGAUGCUCAAUGCCCCAUUUGUAUCGUUGGAAACAGUGCUUUAAUGGACAAUAAUUUGCUGCUUAACCAGUUAUUUCUGGACAAUGUUAAGUUUGCCUUUCCUUUUACGCAAUAUCUAGAAUUUUGCAAUACGUUUUCCAAAAAAAAACCUGUGUAAAAAAUUUGAUAGACAUGGCAAUGCACACAAUUGUAAAUUGGUGAUUUAAGAAGCUCUUUGCAAUUCCUCAUCCUAAUUUUAUGGGUGGCAUUACACGUUUAAAAUAGGGUAUUUGGAAUUCUGUUAAAUGUCCUUUCUAACAAGCAAUAGAAGUUAGAUUACAUUUUCACUUGACUGAAGACACUGUCAUUUUGCUAAAUUUAAGUACCUGUCUGGAUGUAGUUAUACAUGUCCCACUCGGCUGUUCAUCUGAAAUGAACGUGUUGUGUGUAAUAGCAAUGACUGGUUUGUAAAUUGACUAUCAAUAAAAUUUACAGGAUAUAGUAA